CACCACAAUAAAAUUCUCUUCCUCCUAGUCGGUGCAACUUCCUCUCCUAAAUACCGCAGCACAAUAACGGAGACGCAAACGAGCGGCAAGGAGGCCAAGAACGAACACAAGCGGAUGCAGAAGUAAAACCCUAUACUAGGAUCCAUGGAUUUUAGACAUGGAGCUCACAAGUUUUCUCGGUGUAUUGUUACUGCUUCUACAGAUUGCAGAUCUCUGGCUUGGACUGCUAUGGUACUUUCUGCAAAUAAUUGUCAGCGCAUGGUAUUCCAUAGUAGUCGUGGGUAAUUUGUUGGAGAGCUACUUCAUCUCUCUUGGAGUACUAGAGAAAUACAAGUCUCUUCAUUCAGAAAAGGUUCAGUACCUUGCCAUUGUCAUAGAAAGUGAAGAAGCUUGUCAGAUUUCCGAAGUUGUUAAACUGUUGAAGUGGCUGGACUCUAUUGGUGUGAAGAAUGUGUGCCUCUAUGACAUGAAUGGAGUAUUGAAGAAGUCUAAGGAAACCAUACUUCAAAAUUUGAAGAAUGCAAAAUCCAUUCAGGAAGUUAGUCAAGUUGUUACACACCAUGCUCAUGAUCACAUGACUCUAGAGUUUCUUUCUUAUGUGGACGGGAAGGAGGCAGUGGCGAAAGCAGCUAACUUGGUUUUUGUGGAGAACUUGAAACAGCAUUCCUUGGGUGGAGAACUAGAUGCCCAAAUAUCGUUAGAACCUCACUUGAAUGAAGCAUUGCAGAUUGUCGGUAGCAAAGGCCCUGAGCCUGACCUUUUACUGGUUUAUGGACCUGUGAGGACCCAUCUUGGUUUUCCUGCAUGGAGACUUCGCUACACAGAGAUCGUACACAUGGGAUCAUUGAAAUUCAUGACAUAUGGUUCCUUAAUCAAAGCCAUUUAUAACUUCACGAGGGUGCACCAAAAUUAUGGUAAGUAGAGAAGGAGUUAACUCAACAAGCACCUCAAAGCGUUGGCUUGAAGAUUAGAAAAGUAGCUAUCUAUGACAUCUUUGUGGGAAAAGUGCUUUCUCAUGCUGCCGGAGAGAUACCAUUGCAAGUCAUGGCGAGUAAAAAAAGGUCUGAGCAAACUAAGGUGUGAUUUAAUUUGAUGCCACCACGGAUACUAUAAUAGUGGAUAAUUCCUCACAGGUACAUCAAAGUGAAGUGGAUAAUUUUGUUCAUUAGACACGCAGUGCGUUUGAUAAGUUAUAUACAAUUUUGUCUAAGCAUGAUCUUAGUUUAACUGCA